UCCCGCCCUGCCCUCCGCCCAGCGGGCCGGCCUCUCGGAGUUUCGCGCUCUCCGCCAAAGCCAGCGCGCAGCCGGGCUUUCCUCCGGACCAACGCACGCAGCCCUGGCUGGGGGCCGCCGCCGGUUGGGUCAGGGUCUGCGGCGCGGUGCUGGGAGCUGCUGAACACCCAGCAUAGCGUGUUCAGACGCGGGCUGGCAUCUGCAACUUCAGGACUUUUCUUUCCCUUCGACUUGUUGUAACCUGGCGCUGCCAGCCUAAACUGUAGCUUCCGCCAGCCCUUGUUUCUACCUGAAGACAUGGCACUCAGUUGGAGAGCUGCAUGCAAAGGCCACGUGACUACAACUGCACACAUCUAAACCCACUGAUCUCUGUGUAUACCGCAGGCUGCUUCUUGAAAAGGCUCAGGUUGAUUCUGUAUGUGUUGACUUGCACCUGGUAUACAGAGGAAGAACACAGAAAAGGGCUAUUGGGUGUGAAUUGCUGACAUCAGACAGCCUGCGCAGCCUACCUUCAGCGGCUUUUUUUUCCUAGAAACUACUUGGAAACAGGAUGGGUGAAUUGUUUAGCCAUCAGCAGUCCCUCCCUGUGGGCCAUCUGCGCAACAGGUCUUGACUGGCAGGGAUUCUGCCAAGAGAGGGGGGCCCCCAGAAAACUGAUGACCAGAGCAGGUUGCUGUCUGAACAAUUCAUCCACCUCAUACCUUGUUCCCAGCUUGCUUUUGAGAAAGUAAUGCUACUAAAUGUUUUUAACUGAUACUUAUUGUAGCUGGGAAAAAAAUGCCUCUGAGAGGAAUACAAGAUGUAUGGUUUAAUUCCAGAAUUAAAUUCAGUGUAUUGUUACUCAUCUCUAAACUAGAAGGCUAUAAUUUCUUUACAUGUUUUUUUUAAAUUAAAAACCUAGUUUAUAAUGCUUUAAUUUAAACCUAGUCUGUCAAGCUUACAGCUAAAGGUUUGCAGCACAAAUCUGAUUGAUUUUAAUGCGUUCUCUAGGGUGAUCUUCACAGAAACUACUAAAGACUUCAAAGAACUCAUUUUAAGCAAAAUAAGUGAAAUAAGUUGUUCUGAUAAAGUAAAAUGGAUCCUUGUUCAGUUGGAGUUCAGCUUCAAGCUACCAAUGAAUGCCAUAAGACCUAUUAUACUCGUCACACUGGCUUCAAGACUAAGCAAGAUAUUUCUUCAUCUGACCUGCUUCUACUUCAGCUUAGGACUGGAAUAUCCCUUUCAGAGAACAAUACAAUCUGCUUCCACCAUGCAAAAAUUUACAUUGAAAGAUUUGAAGACUUGCAAAAAUCAUGUUGUGAUCCCUUUAAUAUACACAGAAAACUAUCAAAGAAAAACUUACGUGCAAUUGACUUAGAUGAUGCAACUUUUUUAAGUGCCAAGUUUGGAAGACAAUUUGUACCUGGUUGGAAGCUUUGUCCCAAAUGUAUGCAGAUAAUAAAUGGAAGCGUGGAUGUUGAAUCCGAAGAUCGCCAAAGAAGAAAACUCGAUUCGGACGGGCGUACAGCUAAGGCUUUAAAGUCUCUGCAGUUUGCUAAUCCAGGACGACAGACUGAAUUCACUCCUGAGACCAGUAAAAGGGAAAAAAGAAGGCUGCAAACAAAAAUUGCAUCAUUUAAUUCCGACAGGCAAGUUAUACCAGCUAAGAGUAAAGUCUACGAUAGCCAGGGACUGCUGCUUUACAGUGGGAUGGACCUCUGUGAUUGUCUUGAUGAAGAUUGCCUGGGAUGUUUCUAUGCUUGCCCCAAGUGUGGCUCCAACAAGUGCGGAGCUGAAUGUCGCUGUGACCGCAAGUGGCUCUAUGAGCAAAUUGAAAUAGAAGGAGGAGAAAUAAUUAGAAAUAAGCAUGUCGGUUAGUGUAUACGUGCAUUGUUUAUCCUGAAUAUAUACUCUAUGCUUUGGUUAAAUGCAGUACAUUCAUCAUUUAAUGUUUUAAAUGAAAGCUAUUGGAAUUUAUCACAAUCCACAUGAUUAAUGUGCUCACUUUCACAAUUCAUUUUCAGUAUGAUUAUGGAAAUAUUCUUAAUCAUACUACUGUCUUUUCACACUUCAUUCUACCUUGUACUCAGUCUUGCUAGUCAUCCAAACAGGUUCUCAUUGAACAGUCUUUUACUGUAUUUAAGUAUAAGGUACUGAAUUUGCAUUUGACAUUUCCUGAGCCACUCACCAUUGUUUCAUAUACUGUUUUGUAUAGUGUACCAUCUCCAUGUAUCCCUCAUUUUUCGUUCUGUAGUUCAGGAUCUCAUGGUUUUGAAUCUGUUUUAUGUGAAACACUAAAAGGUCAGUAAAUUUUACGUGCAGUAUUAAUAAAGCUGUCUCGAGGACUAAUAGCAAACACUGUAUCUUCUAUAGAUUAUCCCAGAUACAUCUGAUAAAUUCAGUCCUAUUCACUUAAAUGGCUUCAAUGCAUUUUGGAGUUCAGAUCUCAUCCAACUUACUGGGAUUUGAGAUCAAGUUAUCCUUAGGAAUUCAAGCCUCACUGUUAAAGUGUUAUAAAACUGUCAAGGGUUUGAAAAUACAUUAAAGUAAUUAUCAUACUGUUUUGUUGGUUUCUGAAUAACACAACUGAAAUAAUCUUGUUGCAUUUGUAAUCAGUCUGUAAUUGGACUGGAACUUCAGCAGCCCUCUCCCCUUUUUUAUUUUUUGCUUGGUUUUAAGGUAAACAUUUACAUGCAGCUGAAAUGAAUUUGAGUGUCUGUUCUCAAACUAAGAAUAUUCAGACUGCUACAACAAAAACCAUGUUGAAUUGAAAUUGUAUUUGGUUGAUGCACUAUCUAUCCUCAGAAUAUUAAAAUCUUACAAUAUGACAAGAUUAUGGAAAAAAGAUUUUACAAUUGAAAUCUUAGUAACAUUGACUAUUGUUCCUUGUUAUUUUUCUUGUGUUUUGGGUAAAUUUCCUGAUUCUGUGAUAGUAUUGGAAGAUCUGCACA